GACGUCUCGAAACACCAAAGAUUUCGACCUUUUAAAGCAUGGCGCUAUCAAAAGUGACGGACACAAUUGUAGAUCUACCCUUGGGUGUGAAGGCUCUGGGUGGUGUUGUGCUGACGGGGGUGGUGCUGGCAGGGUUUUGGAAGGGACUUGGUGUUCGGCAAACCAACAGGAAAGUCUAUCCCCCAAAUACCAUUGUUAUCCAUCAGUUAGGGCGUGGUCCAUACGUGCCCAGUCUCACACCCUUUGCCAUCAAGCUUGAGACAUAUUUUCGAUUGGAGGGAAUACCCUACCAGGCCGAACAUGCCUUGUACCGGAAAAGCCAGAAAACAGGAAAGGUCCCGUUUUUGGAGUACAACGGAGAAGAAGUGUCCGACAGCGAGUUUAUCCUGGAGUUCUUGAGUAAGGAGAAAAACUUCGACAUGCACAAAGGUCUCACAGCGGAGCAGAUCGGAGUCGGCAGGGCCUUCCAGAAAAUGGCAGAGGAAAAUACAUACUGGUGUUUUGUGGCAGACAGAUGGGUUCUUGACAAAAACAACACAGCUCUGAAGGAGUUUGGUAUCCCGCGAUAUCUAUGGGGUCGAAUGCAGGGCAAAAUACGUACAAUGAUACAUGCACAAGGUUUAGGACGUCACACACCGGAGGAGAUACGUCACAUCAUGUCGAACGAUCUAACGGCUCUGUCCUACUUCAUCGGAUCAAAGAAGUUUUUGUUCGGUGACGAAGCGUGCAAGUUUGAUUGUGCCAUUUUUGGAAUUUUAGCUGAGAUAAGAUGGGCGUCAUUCGGUGGAUUCGGAACAUCUGUCAUAAAACAAUAUCCGAACCUGUGCGACUACUGUGAGCGGAUGAAGAAAACGUUCUGGCCAGACUGGGAGGAGAUGAUAAAGAGAGACUGUACGAAGUAGCCGAGACAUCUCGUCAGGUCCAUAACAGGACAAGUAAUACAGCAGGAGCACUGAUCCAGGAUAUACAAUAUCCUCCAAAACUUAUGAGUGUAGUGAUACAACGUGGUGGCUCCCAAACGAAUGAUGGCUAUGUAAAAUGUAUCAUGUUGAUAUCGAAGAACUUUAAAUUAACUUAUAAAGGAUAUUUAUCAAGUGUCUUUUUCAAUUAACGAGAAUUGGCUAAACGUGUCAUUGUGCCAUAAUGUGUUGCGGAACCUUUUCAGUGUCAACAUUCUAAAAGUUACUGUUCCGUACUUCAAAAUAUUUCGUUUUAGCUGACUCUUGUACGCUCUUUAUAUAUAUACAUGUUUAUUCGAUAUAAUAUGAUUAUAUUGAAUAUAUACAUGUAGUUGUAUUACAAUGGGCUGAGUGGGACAGAUGUAAGAGGAUAUCGUCUCUGAUGAUGACUACAUCACAUAUACACGUACACGUUAAGUGAGGCAAUAAAGGAAUUAAUAUUUCUUUUUCCGGCUGGUCAUCCACAUAUAGAUCAUGUGUCAGCAUGUUGACCAAUGAAACCUAUUCUUCACACGUUCAAAAACCUAUUAAGGUAUAUAAGUUUUACUGUGUUUUACAAGUUCCUCCUUUUGUUGUUGUCAAUUAGCAUUAUCUUACUAAAUAUACACAUAAAUCCAUUUUAAGAUUAACAUAAUUACCAAUAACACUACCAAAGACGGAGUGAGAGUGAGAGAGAAGAACUCGUAUUAGCCCUUAUGUGUAUACAGAAUAUUCUUAUAGUAUAAGAGUGUACAAUUGAUCUAGCUUUCAGUUUUGUUUGUACAAAAUUCGUAUAAAAAAAUGUUUACUGCGA